UUUCGGAUUGAGCGGAAUAACUGGCAACAUCAGUCGUGUGAGCCAAGCCAGCCGGGGGCUGAUGAACUGUUCAGCUAACCUCCAGCGCUUUUCAUAUCAAGCAUUUGUUUGGGGGUUUUCAUUAAAGGGGGCUUUUCAUGUUUUGAUAAAAGUGUCACAAAGAUCUUUUGACUGGAACAGUUUUUGCGGAUCGUAGUUCUUCGCCCCUGGUCUUCGAGUCAGAAUUAGUGGACUGGGUGUCCUGGCACAGGGGUUACCAGCUCCGGCUGGACAUGGCAGCGUCCCUGAGCCGGACCUGCCGCAGCCUGGUGCUGAACACCUACCUGUUGUCCUUGUGCUGUGUGCACCUGCUCUGUCUUGACUUCACUGUGGCCGACAGACAGGAGUGGUACACCGCUUUCGUCAACAUCAGCUACGCGGAUCCCGUCACUUCGGAAACCAGAACGGACAAGACGGAGUGCGGGCGAUACGGUGAACACUCCCCGAAAAGAGAGGCCCGGGGGUCCGUGCUGAUGCCUGCCCCGGACAGGCAGGCGUGCGACCCCAGCACCAGGUUCCCGUCGCCCCCUCUAAACGGCCCCUGGAUAGCGCUGAUCUCCAGAGGAAACUGCACAUUCCGGGAGAAAAUACGGCUGGCGGCGAGCCUCAACGCGUCUGCGGUAGUCAUAUUCAAUGUAGGCUCGAGUAAUUCCAAUGAGACAAUAACUAUGCCUCAUCCAGGAACAGGAGAUGUUGUGGCCAUCAUGAUCCCAGAGCCAAAGGGGCGUGAGAUCGCCGCCCUGCUGGAUAAGAAUGUGACUGUGACUAUGCACAUCACCAUCGGCACACGCAACCUCCAGAAGUACGUGAGCCGCACAUCUGUGGUCUUCAUCUCAAUCUCCUUCAUCGUCCUCAUGAUCAUCUCUCUGGCCUGGCUUGUCUUCUACUACAUCCAGCGGUUCCGCUACGCCAGCGCACGAGACCGCAACCAGCGGCGCCUAGGAGAUGCAGCUAAAAAAGCCCUGAACAAGCUGCAAAUUCGGACCAUCCGUAAGGGGGACAAGGAAACUGAGUCCGAUUUUGACAACUGUGCAGUGUGCAUCGAAGGCUACAAGCCCAAUGAUGUUGUGAGGAUACUGCCCUGCUGUCAUGUUUUCCAUAAGGUCUGUGUGGACCCGUGGCUGCAGGACCACAGGACGUGUCCCAUGUGCAAGACGAACAUCCUGAAAGCUCUCGGCAUUCCCCCGAACGCAGACUGCACCGAUGACCGUCCUCCUGACUAUGAGCAGUCGCUAGGGGACCCUCCUGCCAAUGCUGUGGCAGCUACCAGUGAGGUGAGCCUGGGCGAGAGUGUGGCAGUUUUUGACGCUGCUGCCAGGAUGCCAGGCCCGGCUCAUGCUCAGCCUGAGCCCGACUCCCUCACACAGCCUGCAGAAGGAUGCCUGAUCGCCAGCAGUGAGCACCAGCCUCCUCUGAGCAGCGACUCGGACACAUCGUUCUUCCUACCCGUGGAAGUGGUCCUGUCGGACGUCGAGCUCUCUGCCGAUAUCGAGCAGGAUGAGGUCAAGUCCUGAGAGUCCUCCCUGCUCCAGAAACAGACUUCCAGAGAGAAGAGUCUUGGGGAACCCCGAUGAGGAACACCACCAUGAUGGAAAAAAUAGAAACAUAAGCAAUAUAGCAUUACAGAUGUGCGACUUCCUUUAUUGUCCCCCAUGGCCUCAGGAGCCCUGAGGUGAGAGUUCCUGCACCCAACACAAGGUCUGCGCUUCUGCUCUCCGGCCUGCAUCUAAUCUCCCCCUCUAGUUUUCCAGGCCAUGGCUGCUUUUUGGAAAAGGACAUUUCUACACCAGAUCCAUUCCUCAGACUCCAUGGAAGUUAUGACUUCAUUUCCUUGUGGGAUCACUGCCAACAUACGCAAAUAUAUCUAAAACAAAAAUGAUGAAAAUAUUUAUAUAUACAAACGUAUAUGAAUGUUAACAGCCUGCUGUGUGAAAAGAGGCGUCAGUCUCAACAGACUCCAAAUUCCCACUGGUAACGCCAUUCUGUGUUGUUGCCAGAUCUUCCUCUCAGAUGUCGUCUGUGCUCAUGGUAUGCGCAUCUUUCACGUUUGGCUGCAUCAGACAGAGCUCCUGCUAUGUCAGGAUCCUCUGUCUGUCACUGAGGUGAAAGGUUCAUUUUUAAAGACACCAGCAACUCAGCUCAGCUUGCCUGAAUGCGUCUAAACCCUGUGACAGUCACUGUUUGUACAUGGACUAGCGUGACUCAGAAAACAUGCAAUGAAAUAGUUACAGCACAUGAACUCAUUAUUCUGGCAACUUCCAUUAUGCUUCUCCUGUUGUUGAUGGUGUUGUUGUUGGCUUCAGUUUAAAAUACAACCGAGACAAAGUUGCUAUGAGCUCAGGUGAAUACUACCUGGAAAUCACACGCUUGCUUGCAAACACACGAGCCUCCUCCAGUGUUCUCCUCUGCUGGGGUCUCCAUUACAGAUGCGUUGGAGGGUUUGUCUGUAGAAAUGCUGCCUGCACUAGUGAAGGUGAAUUUGCCAGGAUUCGUCCUGCCUUGGUGCACAAGAAAAUCAGUCCUUCCCUCUCUCAGCGAGCUGAUUGUUGUGUGCGACAGGACGGGGCUUUUAGUGAGAGCAAGCUUGUCUUCUGGUGAUUCUGUCCGGAACGUCCUCGUUGAGGAAUCCAGAGCUGCUGGAAGCUUCCAGGUCUACCCUUCUCCUUCGAGAGGUCAGAUGAAGGCGCUUGGCCAAACGUAUGGCCGUACGACUGUCUGAUAUGUUAGCCUGUCCGUGAGCUGGUUCUUUAGGUUGUGUGUAUGCAGUGAGUCGGUUCUUUAAGAUGUUUGUGUGGUGUGAACCUCUCAGAUAUUGAUAGGGUUCUCAGAAAAAUAGCACAAAAUUGCAAAUCACUUUUUAUUGCACAUUACAUAUAGGAGAGCGAAGGUCUAAUGAAGGACUUAUUUUAAUAUGAAAGUUUAUUUUUCUAAAAAAAUAUAUAAUAUAAUAAUUAAAGAAAAUACCAGACCCUGUUUACAGUCAGUAAAAAGAUUUGGUUGAUGUAGAUCAAUCCUGAUUUUUACAUUUUUCCUGUUUUUUCUAUUUCUGUUUGAAUUUCCAUUUUCCUUUUCUUUCCCCAGAAUGUUUUAGUUCAUUUGUUUGAAUGCCAUUUCCCUCCCUCUGACCUGGAAGUACUCCUCAGCCUAUAAGCACAGACACAAAGCCGCUCUCAUUCCUGAUGAGCAGUGAAAGGGAACCAAAGCAUGUGUUUCACUUCUUACGCUCAUCGGAACGUUUUCUGUGUGUGUGUGUGUGUGUGUGUGUGUGUGAGUGUGUGAGUGUGUGUGUGUGUGCG